CAGCAGGCCCAGAGCGCUACCAUCGCUAACCAACAGGCUCAGCUAGCCCAACAGGCUCAGCAGGCACAGUCCACCUCUACAGCCACCAAUAGUGCUGGAAAGGCGUACAAAAUGAAUAAGCUGGCUAUAUAUAACAGCAACCAGAAAACGCUGCAUGAAUUCCUUACCUACUGCAGAGCAUAUUUCUUGUAUCAUACAAUUCAGUUCAUUAUGGAAUCUGAAAAGAUUAUUCUUGCAGAAACUCGUUUUAAGAAGAAUGCUCUUAUCUAG